GUGACCCGGAACUGAACUCAAUUCCACAGCAGUUUUUAGAAACCAGUUGUAAACGGUCUGAAAACGCACUCGUGUUUUUAUCUGUUCUUUAGACUUUGACAGCUCAUGAAAGCCGUUUUAAAAAAAUAUAUAUAUUUGAAUACAAAUCUGUGCUUGAUGUCAUUUCAGCAGUCAGACUGCAGGUGAAGUGAGUGGACUCUGCUCAGCUCGGACCACAUCAGCAGAUAAACAGAAACCUAGCGUCAAUGCAAGAGAAAUAGAAAACCAAAACGACUUUUAUUCAAUUUCACAGGUCUAUCUGUUGCCUGGUCCAGUGUUAUCUGGGUGGGACAGCUGACAAGAGCGUCUCUGAGCCUUGGGGAAAAUCCUGUACCAUAAAACCACCAGGUUAACUGUAGGCCUCAGGCUUUGCUUAUGGAAAUCCAAGUAGCACAUCAGCCCCCUGAGUCUGAAGAGUGUCAGAAACGCUUUCAGGCUUCUGUGGAUGUCAUCCAAAACCUGCCCAAAAACGGUUCUUACAGACCUUCAUAUGAAGUGAUGCUGCGCUUCUAUAGCCUGUAUAAACAGGCAGUGUGUGGACCUUGUACAGUAUCUCGCCCGGGCUUCUGGGACCCUGUGGGUCGCUACAAGUGGGAUGCCUGGAAUCGGCUUGGAGAUAUGAGCCGUGAGAGUGCCAUGGCUGCCUAUGUUGAUGAGAUGAAGAAAGUUGCACAAGAGGUUGUAGACAAUAUGCCCAUAAAUGAGAAGACAGCAUCUUUUUACCAUUAUUUUGAACCACUCUACAAUGUCAUUCAUGAUCUACCAAGACCACCAGAGGCACUACUGAGUCUGAGACAAGAUAUAAAUGCAAACCAAGCAACUGAAAAACCACAUAUGGUUGGUGCUAUACAAGAAGAAAUAACUCAAGAGCAAAACCAAAAGGUGGAUCUUGAGCCUGUCCUUAACAUCAUGCCUCCGAGUGAAAGUGCAGACUUGGCUCUGUCGGAUGGUCUGGUGUUGACUAGUGACUCUGAGAGCGAACUUUUCUGUGACUCAGUGGAGCAGCUGGACUACAUUAAGCCGGUUCCUGAGCCAUAUAGCGAGCAGAAUCUGCACGUGAACUACACACCUGCCCUACAGGUGACCCAGCUAGGUGCUGGGCAGGGUGGAGAGGGGGGUGGGAAUGGACCACCACCAAGGAGGUGGGAACAAGGAAGAAACAGAAUGAGGCAUGGAUGGAGGGAAUCUCCUGGCAGUGUUCCGUACAACAGCGGUAGACGAGCUGGGCAGCAGGCUUCAGGGGAAGGAGGAGGAGGAUACAACCCUGACAGAGGAUCUGAAAGACUUCAUGACACACAGGUGCAAGAGCAGAUAAUACUGGCACUACAGAGGCUCAGAGAGGACAUGCAGAGCGUGAUGGAGCGGCUGGAGGUGGUCGAGGGCUUGGCUGCGGCUAAUGCCCAGAAUUCACAGUGGAGACAGAUGCAGUUAACAUCUCAGACUGAGGUGGAGAAAUGGUGGCCAUUUGAUGUAUCUGGCCAAACUCUGCUGCUGCUUCUGAUCUGGCCUUUCAUCGCUCAGGGAAUGAUAUUCUGGAUACGGCAGAGGAAGAAAUAACCUCAAAAUCUCACAUGUCUAUAAUAUGAAUGUAUCUUGUGUAAGGAGAUCAGAAUACAUAAAGAUCAAUAUGUUAUUUUAGGGUGAGGUAUAGUUGCCUGAAGAAAACAGGGAUGCUUUUAAAAUAGUUUAUUUCAAAAUGAAGCACCUAAUGAGUCGGCACAUCCUUUUGAAAUAAACUCUGGGAAAUUUAACACAGUCUGUAGGAAUUCUCUGUUUUCUCUGAGGAUAUCAUUGACUUUUUUCUUUUAGCACCUGUUGGUGCAUUUAAACUAAAUCCUUUACAUGGGUAAAGUUGUACUAAAGGGCUGAAAUGACGUCAUCAAACAUGAAGUAUAACUAAUGUGAAUCUUAUUGUUUGGCUUAACGGAUACAUAAUGCUUAUUGACUGCAUCAUAUUAAACGGGAUAAAUCAGUAUUGAUAAAACUUGGUUGGAUGUUAUACUGUACAGACUUUCUAACCAUUUUAAACACUUUUUUGUCUGAAAGUCAUUGUUUAAAGAGGCAAAAUGAACACACCAGCAUAACCUGUGUUCCUAAUCAGGAAAGCCUUAAAUUACAUGUAUGGCCUUCAUGUGGAUUUCAGAAUGGGAUCAAAUAUCAGAGCUGACUUAAUGCACACAGUACAAUAUAACAGUGAGAAAUGCUCAAGGAAUGUUUUAUUGCACAACUCCUGUAUUAAUUAAUGCAUGUAUUAAUACUAACAAAACAGGAUGCUAUUAUUUAAUGCAAACACAAGAUGAAUCUUGUAAAGAAAGAAAGUAUGUAUUUGGAUGAGUGUGAUGAGUUUUUAUUUGCUCUUUGUAACAUUUUACAACAGUUUUGUACAGAUCCGAGGUAUUCCAAUGUUUUUUUGUUUUUAUGUUCCAGUGUGUAAUAUAUCUUACACUCCAUCCAAAUACAUAAACAAUGCAUUAUGCAAAAGACAGCAGUAGGUCAUGUCAGUGCAUUGUUUGUUUGCCAUGAUCUGGUUCAUUCGCUGUUGUAUCAGCGGGAAUUAUUUUAUUUAUUUAUUUUAUUUACUAAAUGAGGCCGUGAUGACGAACUAAAAUCUAGUCCUGGUCGAACGCCAUUGCCGUGGCGUCCAAUCCAUCUGAUAGUAAAUAGCUUGGUACACGUUAGCUGGCACGCUGCUUAGCUAAAAGUGCAAACUUGUUUGAUAUAUUCGUCGUGAAAACGUGUCUAUAACCUAAGUCGCAUUGAAGUGCUAAAAUUACAAAAUAAACCGAUAUUGUUGCUCGGAUGCCAUAAUCCUGCUAAAACAGGCCUGUUGUUUUGUUAUGAUGAGCAGCUGUAGUGAAGCUAAAGCUAGUUUAACUUCCCUAGCGAGGAAAUGGCUUCUUGGUGAGUCAGGACAGGCUCAGUUUGGUAACCAGUUAGCUACGUAGCUAACCUAUUUAGGGCAUCGUGUUUAUUGUGGAGAUAAACACGCAGUCGCUUUGCUGCUUGGAAAUCUGCUUCAGUUAACUUUCUCCACCAAAACUAACUCGGACAGAAGCUAGUUUACGUACACUAACAAACCCGCUAGCUAGUUAACCUAGCUGUGCCAUCUGGCUAAAUAAUCUAGCUUUU